GGCGCGGCGCGCGCGGCGGGGCCAUGCCCACCAGCUUCACGGUGGUGCCCGUGGAGGCGCGCGCCGACGGCGGGGACGCAGCGGCCGAGCGCGGCGAUGCAGCCGGGACCCCCGACGGCCCCGAGCCCGACGGCCCCAGCCCGGGCGAUGGGAACGCGCGGGAGAACAGCCCGUUCAUCGGCAGCGCGGCCGCGGACGGCGACAGCCUGCUGGAGGGCAAGAACAUGGCCCUCUUCGAGGAGGAGAUGGACAGCAACCCCAUGGUGUCCUCGCUGCUCAACAAGCUGGCCAACUACACCAACCUGAGCCAGGGCGUGGUGGACCACGAGGAGGCCGAGGACAGCCGGCCGCGCGAGUCCAAGGCCCCGUGCAUGGGCACCUUCAUCGGCGUCUACCUGCCCUGCCUGCAGAACAUCCUGGGUGUCAUCCUCUUCCUGCGCCUGACCUGGAUCGUGGGCGCGGCCGGCGUCCUGGAGUCCUUCCUCAUCGUGUCCAUGUGCUGCACCUGCACGAUGCUGACGGCCGUCUCCAUGAGCGCCAUCGCCACCAACGGCGUCGUCCCAGCUGGCGGCUCCUACUACAUGAUCUCCCGCUCGCUGGGGCCUGAGUUCGGAGGGGCCGUGGGCCUCUGCUUCUACCUGGGCACCACCUUCGCAGGUGCCAUGUACAUCCUGGGCACCAUUGAGAUUUUCCUGACGUACAUCUCCCCGGGAGCAGCCGUGUUCCAGGCCGAGACCCCCGAGGACGAGGCGGCCGCCCUGCUGCACAACAUGAGGGUGUACGGCUCCUGCACACUGGCCCUCAUGGCCGUGGUGGUCUUCGUGGGGGUCAAGUACGUGAACAAGCUGGCCCUGGUCUUCCUGGCCUGCGUCGUGCUGUCCAUCCUGGCCAUCUACGCUGGCGUCAUCAAGACCGCCUUCGACCCCCCGGACAUCCCGGUCUGCCUCCUCGGGAACCGCACGCUGGCGAGGCGCAGCUUCGACACCUGUGCCAAGGUGCGCGCGGUCAGCAACGGCACGGCCACCACUGCGCUCUGGGGCCUCUUCUGCAAUGGCUCCAGCCUCGACACCGCCUGCAGCGAGUACUUUGCCCAGAACAACGUCACCGAGAUCCAAGGCAUCCCCGGUGUGGCCAGCGGCGUGCUCCUGGAUAACCUGUGGAGCUCGUACUCAGACAGGGGGGCGUUCGUGGAGAAGAAGGGCGUGGCCUCGGUGCCCACGCCCGAGGACGGCCGGGCCAGCGGGCUGCCCUACGUGCUGUCGGACAUCACGACCUACUUCACCGUGCUGGUCGGCAUCUACUUCCCCUCCGUGACCGGCAUCAUGGCGGGCUCCAACCGGUCCGGGGACCUCAAGGACGCACAGAAGUCCAUCCCCACGGGCACCAUCCUGGCCAUCGUGACGACGUCAUUCAUCUACCUCUCGUGCAUCGUGCUGUUCGGCGCCUGCAUCGAAGGCGUGGUCCUGCGGGACAAGUUCGGGGAGGCCCUGCAGGGGAACUUGGUCAUCGGCAUGCUGGCCUGGCCGUCCCCCUGGGUCAUCGUCAUCGGCUCCUUCUUCUCCACCUGCGGCGCGGGGCUGCAGAGCCUCACCGGGGCGCCGCGCCUGCUGCAGGCCAUCGCCCGCGACGGUAUCGUGCCCUUCCUGCAGGUGUUUGGCCACGGGAAGGCCAACGGGGAGCCCACGUGGGCCCUGCUGCUCACGGCCCUCAUCUGUGAGACCGGCAUCCUCAUCGCCUCCCUGGACAGCGUGGCGCCCAUCCUGUCCAUGUUCUUCCUCAUGUGCUACAUGUUCGUGAACCUGGCCUGCGCCGUGCAGACCCUGCUGCGCACCCCCAACUGGCGCCCGCGCUUCAAGUAUUACCACUGGACCCUGUCCUUCCUGGGCAUGAGCCUAUGCCUCGCCCUCAUGUUCAUCUGCUCCUGGUACUACGCACUGUUCGCCAUGCUCAUCGCCGGCUGCAUCUAUAAGUACAUCGAGUACCGCGGGGCCGAGAAGGAGUGGGGUGAUGGCAUCAGGGGCCUGUCGCUGAACGCCGCCCGCUACGCCCUCCUGCGCGUGGAGCACGGCCCGCCCCACACCAAGAACUGGAGGCCGCAGGUGCUGGUGAUGCUGACCCUGGACGCCGAGCAGGGCGUGACGCACCCGCGCCUGCUGUCCUUCACCUCCCAGCUGAAGGCUGGCAAGGGCCUGACCAUCGUGGGCUCCGUGCUGGAGGGCACCUACCUGGACAAGCACGUGGAGGCGCAGCGGGCCGAGGAGAACAUCCGGGCGCUGAUGGGGGCGGAGAAGAUGAAGGGGUUCUGCCAGCUGGUGGUCUCCUCCAGCCUGCGCGACGGCUGCUCGCACCUGAUCCAGGCGGCCGGCCUGGGCGGCAUGAAGCACAACACGGUGCUCAUGGCCUGGCCCGAGGCCUGGAAGCAGCCCGACAGCCCCUACUCCUGGAAGUACUUCGUCGACACGGUCCGCGACACCACCGCGGCGCAGCAGGCCCUGCUGGUGGCCAAGAACAUCGACGCGUUCCCGCAGAACCAGGAGCGCUUCGGCGAGGGCAGCAUCGACGUGUGGUGGGUGGUGCACGACGGCGGCAUGCUCAUGCUGCUGCCCUUCCUGCUGCGGCAGCACAAGGUGUGGCGCAAGUGCCGGAUGCGCAUCUUCACGGUGGCGCAGGUGGACGACAACAGCGUGCAGAUGAAGAAGGACCUGCAGAUGUUCUUGUACCACCUGCGCAUCAGCGCCGAGGUGGAGGUGGUGGAGAUGGUGGAGAACGACAUCUCCGCCUUCACCUACGAGAAGACGCUGCUGAUGGAGCAGAGGUCCCAGAUGCUGAAGCAGAUGCAGCUCACCAAGGGCGAGCGGGAGAGGGAGGCCCAGCUGAUCCACGACAGGAACACGGCAUCCCACACCGCAGCCUCCAGGGCCCAGGCCCCGCCGACGCCAGACAAGGUGCAGAUGACCUGGACCAAGGAGAAGCUGACCGCGGAGAAGCACAGGAACAAAGAUGCCGGCGGGGCUGGCUUCCGGGACCUCUUCAGCCUGAAGCCGGACCACUCCAACGUCCGGCGGAUGCACACGGCGGUGAAGCUGAACGGCGUGGUGCUCAGCAGGUCCCAGGACGCACAGCUGGUCCUGCUCAACAUGCCGGGGCCGCCGAAGAACCGGCAAGGAGACGAGAACUACAUGGAGUUUCUGGAGGUCCUGACCGAGGGGCUGAACCGGGUCGUGCUGGUGAGGGGCGGCGGCCGGGAGGUGAUCACCAUCUACUCCUGAGGCCCGGGACGGUGGGCAGCGGCAUGGGGCAGGCCUGGCCGCCCCGUGGCUUCUGGCGGAAGCUUCCAGGCCUGGUGCCGGCUCCUCCUGCCGCAGGGUGUGCCCCGGGCUGGCUUCCCCCAGGCCGAGUGCGGCAGGAGCCCCCAGUCCGUCCACAGCCCCAGUGAAGCACGCAUGCCCCUCCGUGACGAAGGCGCAGUGCAGGGGCCUGUGCCAGCCCCCAGGGAGCCCACUCAGCCGGGGGCCCCCAGGUCAGUGCACCCAGCCCUGUCCACCUGCCCCACGCCGUGGCAACCUGAAGACACCCAGUCAUGCCCGGGACGCUCCCAUGGCCUGGCCUCCUCCAGCCUCACUUCUGGGAGCAGUGGCCAGCCGCAAGGCUGAGGGUCGUCGGUGCCAUCGUGGUGGCCGUGCGCACGUGUGUCCCUGAGCUCCGUCCGCUGCCCCAAGUGUCCAUGGUCCCAGGGGGUGACGCCAGUUGUUUGCAGGCCCCGAUGGGUGUGGGCCCAGGACGCGGCACCGCCCCUGCUGAAUGGCGUAUUUAUUUAUUUAAACCCCGGCUGUCCAGGCCCUUGGCGGCUCGCGUCCACAGGCUCUGCGGGGCUGGGUCCGUCCUUGGCGUUCAGGCCGGGCAGAGCGCGGUGUGUGCUUCUGGUCCCCCGGGGUUCGCCUGCUGUCGUGGCCAUGGCUGGGCCGUCCCUGGCAGGCUGUGUGCUGGGGGAGCUGCCCAGAGCCAUUGUUUUUAUAGAACCUCUCUUUGUAUGAUUUUUGUUUAGUAGAAAAAUAAAGUCGUCUCUGAAGA